AUGGAUACUAGUGCUCUAUGGCGGCGUGAGGAUUCGACAGAACAAUUCCUGAAGCUCAUCCAGGAUCCCUUCAAGUCCGCUUUUCAAGUCAAUGCCGUCUGGGCUUCGUUGGCCACCUCCGCCGGUUCUUCCGUCCUCCUUGCCCUACUCUUUUCGCUGUUCCGACCUCGACACACGGUUGUCUACGCCCCUAAGGUUAAACAUGCAGACCGCAAACAUAGCCCUCCCCCGGUGGGAAAAGGCUUCUUUGCCUGGGUUAAACCGGUUUUGCGCACGAGAGAGCCAGAGCUCGUCGACUGCGUCGGUCUCGAUGCCACUGUCUUCCUGCGCUUCACCAAGAUGUGUCGCAACAUCUUCAUCUUCCUGAGCAUAAUCGGCUGCGGUGUAAUGAUUCCUCUCAACCUGACUCAAAGCAACAAAGACUCUAGAGCGACGCUAUCUGCUUUCGUGACGAUGACUCCGCUUUAUGUCAAUGUUCAAGCUAUUUGGGGUCAAGUGGUCUGCGCGUGGGCUUUCGACUUGAUUGUCGCAUUUUUCCUUUGGAGGAAUUACAAGGCCGUUUACGCGUUACGGAGGAAAUACUUCCAGAGUUCUGACUACCAGCGUAGCCUUCAUGCCCGGACUUUGAUGGUCACUGACAUUCCAUCAGCAGCACGAUCGGACGAAGGUGUUAUGCGUCUGGUCGAUGAUGUUAACCCCACCGCUGCUCUACCCCGUGCCACUAUCGGCCGUAACGUUAAGGGUCUUCCCAAACUCAUCAAAGAACACGAGGAAGCAGUACGCCAGCUCGAGUCGGUAUUGGCGAAAUAUCUCAAAAACCCCGAUCGACUACCGGCUAAGCGACCUACGAUACGCCCGCCCCGCAAGGAGAAAGGCGAUGAGACGCCCGCCAAGGUAGAUGCCAUCGAUUACUUGACUGAUCGGAUUCAGUUAUUAGAAGAAGAAAUCCGGCACGUUCGAGCGUCGAUUGACAAGCGAAAUGCCAUGCCGUUCGGUUUCGUCAGUUGGGAGAAGAUUGAACACGCUCAUGCUGUCGCUUACACUGCACGGAGAAAGCGGCCGCAGGGAACAACGAUUAGGCUCGCUCCACGGCCAAAUGACCUCAUCUGGGAAAAUCUGCCUUUGUCAAAACAGGCACGAAAAUGGAAGCAUUUCGUCAACGUCAUCUGGGUCUCGAUCUUGACAGUCUUGUGGAUCGCUCCCAACGCUAUGAUUGCCAUCUUCUUGUCCAAUUUGAACAACCUAGGGUUGGUCUGGCCGGCUUUUCAAACGUCCCUUAACGGCAGCCCACGCGUCUGGGCUGCUGUCCAAGGUAUUCUGUCUCCCGCCAUUACAUCCUUGGUAUAUGUUAUCCUACCCAUCAUCUUCCGCCGGUUGUCCAUCCAGGCCGGUGAUGUAACCAAGAGUUCUCGAGAGAGGCACGUGCUUCACCACCUUUAUUCAUUCUUUGUCUUCAACAAUCUCAUCGUAUUCUCACUAUUCUCGGCCGCGUGGACAUUCAUUGCAGCUGUUAUUGACAAGAAAGAGAAUGAGAAUGCUUGGCAAGCUAUGAUCGAUGGAGGCUUCUACUCUAAGGCCGUGAGUGCGUUGUGUAAUGUGUCCCCCUUCUGGGUGACAUAUUUGCUGCAGAGGAAUCUAGGAGCGGCGAUCGACCUCGUGCAGCUGAUUCCCUUGGUCUGGGUAUGGUUCUCCAAGACCUUUCUGGCACCAACGCCGCGACAGGCCAUCGAAUGGACGGCUCCGCCUCCAUUUGAAUACGCAAGCUACUACAACUAUUUCCUGUUCUACGCCACCGUAGCGUUGUGCUUUGCGACUUUGCAGCCCAUUGUUCUACCAGUCACUGCUCUCUAUUUUGGGUUGGAUGCGAUGAUGAAAAAGUAUCUCCUGCUGUAUGUGCUUGUGACGAAGAACGAGUCUGGAGGGCAGUUCUGGCGUGUUGUGUUCAACCGUAUGGUCUUUGCAGCUAUUCUAGCCAACGCUGUUGUUGCGCUGGUGGCUACAGCCAAUGGCACCUGGACAAUGGUUUUCUGUGUAAUCCCAUUACCUUUUCUAUUACUGGGAUUCAAGUGGUACUGUGUGCGGACGUUUGACAUUGACAUGAAAUAUUACAAUCGUGCGAAUCUGAGCGAUGCUGAAGCCUUGGAGAUAGGGAAGUCGAGCAAGAAGGGGUCAGAUCGACUCAGUUCUAAGUUUGGCCAUCCGGCGCUCAACAAACCGCUCAUCACGCCGAUGGUACACGCAAAGGCUGCCGAUGCGCUAAAGCGUAUCUACCGGGGUCGAUUAGGCGCUUCAGAGGUGGAGGGCGAGUACACAGAUAUUGCAAUGGAUCCCAUGUCAGCAUCCCAUCCCGGAAAGUCCAAGAUGGAAGCCUCGGAAUCCGCCCCAUUCGAGGUUGUUCCUGAGAAUCAUCUCGACUUUUCCUACUAUAAGGACCGGCCGGAUUUCCGUGACGAGUUCGGCGGGGGUAUCUAUGGCCGGCCGGAAGACUUGAUCACCGAACGCUCGCACACGCCGAGGACUGGGCUAGGCGAGUGGUCGCCAACUUCAUCACGAGCAGCGUCUCCAACGCCAUCACUACCCUCCAUAUCCGGAUUGAGACAGUAUGAUGGCUAUGACGCGAGUACGAAUGAACUCGUCCAUCCUGCGUUCCGCACCCCACUGUCUCACUCCGAAAGUGGUCUGGUGGGCAACGGACUCUAUCAGCAUGAUGAUGAGAGUGAAGCACGACUGCUCAGUCAGGCGCAGGGGCCAGCGAUAUCAGACAGCGCUCACCCAUUCAAUCGAUGGCGGCCAGGAGGAUACGGGCCUGUAGAACAGGAAGAUCCAAGAACUUCCUACGACUACUACCGCAGACCACGACAACUGUGA